UGUUGUUGACAAUUGACAAAAGCUUGCUCUAGCUGUUUGUUUAUAUGUCUAAAUAACAAUAUUAAACAGUAUUAAAAUACUGGGUUUAAUAGAUUUUAUUGUUUUUAAAAUUUAAAUAUAGUACAAUGGAAAAACCAGUAAAUAGUCAAGAAUUUAAUGAAGACAUUCAAUUUGAAGUUAUUAAAGAAGAGAUGUUUGAUGAUGUUGAUGAAAUUUUAAAAGAUAAUGAAUCACAAUUAAAUGAACAACAACAAGAGACAAUUGAUAUUUCAACAGCUGCAACAACUAGGCAACAAAUUGAUCCUAAUGACUUAGAAAAGUUUAUAGAACAAGUGCCAUUGUUGACGACAAAAAGUGUUGAUGUUUAUCCUGGUUGUAUUGAAGCAAUGAAUGAAGCAAAACGAAGAAAAAAAUCUUAUUAUCUUCCAUUUCAAAAACAAUUUACAUAUUUACCUGAAAGUGAUAUAAAAAGACAUGAUUCAAUUUUAAAUGAAUGGUGGAAUUAUUGUUUAUUUGAAAAUAAAGAUCCAUUGGCAUCUGAUUUAUCAGGUGUAAUUUGUUAUCUUGGAAAAAAAUUAGAUGCUGGUGCAUCAUUUAAUGAUUUAAAAUUAAUUUCAUCAACAAUUUGUCUGAUAGCAUCUGAUGAAUUAACAAAACAAAUUUAUUUAUCAAGUUUUUUAUGCUCAGAAUUAACAAAUUGGCUAUCGGUAAAAUCAUCAUGUCAAAACAACACAUCCAAUGAAAUAAUAACUCUAGAUGAUUCAGAUUCUUCAUCAGAUAAAAAUGAUUGUACACCAACGACAAUUUUCCAACAAGUAAAUACUGAUAAUAACUUGAUAGCUGAAAAUAAUUCAGAAUCAUCAUCAACAAUACAGCUAAAAACACAAACUGAUCCAUUAAAUUUAAAUUUCAUUGAUGACAAUUAUUUACAAGAUUACCAUGAUAAUAAUGAUAAUGAUAAUAAUGGACAAGCAACACCAAUUUAUUUAAUUGAUCAACAACAAACACAAUUAAUUGAUUCAAUUAAUGACGAACAUGAUUCUCAAUUAUUAUAUCUAUCUUAUGUUACAAACAAUGAACAAGAAAAACAUUUAGAUGAUUCCUUGCCUGACUCAAUAAAUGGUAAUGAAUUAAAUGACAUGAAUUGUAAACCACAAUCAGAAACAAUUGAUAAUGAUGAGCAUGCAAUGUAUGUUGAUGAAAGAUUUGUACUAUGUUGGCAUUGUGGAUAUUUAUCAAUUUAUAUUAAUCGUUGUUAUCAUUGUAAACGAAAAUUUGAUGAACAUAAUUUUUCAACAUUAUCGUACAAGUAUUGUCCAAAAAAAUGGAAAAAAAUGAUGUUGUCAGUAAAUAAAUAUUCAUUGAACAAAAAAAAGAUAGGUCGUAAUGAUUCUGAACCUGGUGAACGGUUGGAUGAUCAUAGCAAUGAAGAAGAGGAUGAUAUAAUUGAUCAUUACAAACGACCAAUAUAUGUUGAUGGACGACUUGUUAUAUGUAAAUCUUGUAAUUUUUUAUCAAUGGAUUUUAAUCGUUGCUAUCGUUGUAAAGAACAAAUACCAAAUAACUCAACAACAAUUAAAUAUCAGUGGUCACCUAUGAGAUGUCAGAAAAUGAUACAGUCUAUUGCUGAUUACUACAAAGAUAUUGAAGAUAAUAUUAGUACUACAAAACGUAAAUUAUCAUCAGAAACAGAAUUAAUGAACAAGAAAAUAAAGUAGAUUAAUUUAUCGAGCUAGAUAAAUUAUGAAUUUGUCGAUUCUCAGGAAUAGAGUUUAUAUUUUUUUUAAAAAUAACUUGUUAAU